ACCGACGCAAGUGGAAUCCAUGACCUCAUCGUCACAGGCGCGGCGACGCGACGAGACGCUUGCAGCUGCAACUGUCAAAACGAUGAAAAAGGUAAAUAAAACAGAGAAGAGCACCCAAUGAUGAUACAUUUUCUGCGAAAUUCUAUCUGCGCUUUGUAUGUCAAUGCGCUCAAGUCUGUUCACAGACAAGCAGGUGUUUGAUAACGCGUUACAAGGGCAGCUGUUUGCCGCUGUUGUGUGUGCCAAGGAGGACCAGCAAGGUCGGGAUGCAUGCACCUCGCCAAUAUGCCAAGCUGCUUGUGUUGACGUUUCUAAAAUGAAGACAAGAUAACAAAAAGGGAAAAAAAGAGCGCAAAAAUAGAAGAGGCGAUUCUCCCAUUGAUAAAAAUAAAAACACAUUUUUUUUUUCUCACUGCGGCUCUCCUGCUUCUUCUUAUUUUUCUGUUGUUUAUCACUGCCGAAAGCUUGGUAUACUUUUAGCGUCGUUUUCUUGGUUGUACUGUAGCUUAGCUCUCUUUUUUAGGUUCCCCCCGUCGCCAAUCUUGCCAAUUUCCCGGCUUCCCCUCUUCCAGCAUCUCAAUUUUUCCUUCUCUUUUUUAUCCCAUUCAUCGGUCAUUUCUGCCCGCACACCAAAAGCGCAUUCCUACCGAAGCCCUACACUUAGCAAAUAGGGCCAAUCUGCUGUGUCGGCGCUUUGUCUCAGGGGACUCGUCCUUUUUCUUCUUUAAUCUAUAUCUAGCGUUUGCGACGCAGUAACAGCCCGCCGCCAUGGGUGAGGCCGAUCAGUACUUUAACGGCUCGGGCGACCGAAAUCAGCCACAAUAUGGCCAGCAGCAGCAAUAUGGCCAACAACAGCAGUACGGCCAACAGCAGCAAUGGGGUCAGCAGCAACAACAAUACGGCCAACAGCAGCAGCAGUAUCAGCAGCCUCCUCCUCAACAGGGCGGAUGGAACCAGCCCAACUACGGCGCGCCGCCUCAAUACUCCUUCAACCCUCCCCAGGGCAACGAUGAAAAGUACGGCUUCGACCAGGCCUUCAAGGUCGAGAAACCCAAGUACAACGACUGGUGGGCAGGCAUCCUGUUCCUCGCCGUCUUUGCUGGCUACACUGCCGUCUCGGCCAUUGCCAUCAAGGGCUACGUCUCGGGCAACCCUGGCAGCGGCAUCUACCACGGCCGCAACAACUUCUCGCUAAACAGCAGCACCAUCAUCCUAUUCGCCAUCUGCCUCGGCGUCGCGUUCGUCCUCUCCUGGCUCUACAUCACCCUGGCCCGCACGUUCCCCAAGGCUUUCAUCUGGGUGACUGGUAUUCUCAACGUCGUCUUCGCCAUCGGUACCGCCAUCUUCUACCUCUACAAGAAGUACUACUCUGCCGGCAUCGUGUUUCUAAUCUUUGGCGCGUUCAUGGCAUUUGCCUUUUACACAUGGAUCCCGCGAAUCCCCUUCUCCGCCCUCAUGCUCAGAACUGGUAUUGAUGUCAGCAAGAAGUACGGCCACGUCUUCCUCGUCAGCCUCAUUGGUGGUCUUCUCGGUACCGCUUUUGCCGCUUGGUUCUCUGUCACCCUUGUUGCCAUCUACGUGAAAUGGGAACCGUCGGCGAAUAAUCCCCAGUGUGGUAAGGACGGCAAGGAUUGUAGCCAGGCCAAGGUCAUUGGUCUUGUUGUCUUUGUCACAUUUGCCAUGUACUGGGUCAGCGAGUGGCUCAAGAACACAAUCCACACCAUUAUCGCUGGUGUCUACGGCUCUUGGUACUUCUGCGUCCACAACUUCCCCAAGGAUGCCACCCGCGCCUCCGCCAAGCGUGCUCUUACCUACAGCUUCGGCUCCAUCAGCUUCGGCAGCUUGCUCGUCGCCAUUGUCCAGUUCCUGCGCCAGCUUUGCUCAGUUGCUCGUCAACAGUCCAUGGACGAUGGCGGUAUUGGCGGCACCAUUGGCUACGUUGUUUUCUGCAUCCUCGGCUGCCUCCUCUCCAUUCUCGAAUGGGCUCUCGAGUUCCUCAACCGCUACGCGUUCUGCCACAUUGCCCUCUACGGAAAGCCCUACAUUGAGGCUGCCAAGGAUACCUGGAAGAUGAUCAAGGACCGUGGUAUCGAUGCCCUCAUCAACGACUGCCUCAUCGGUCCCGUUCUGUCCUUCGGUGCUAUGUUCAUCGGAUACGCAUGCGCCUUGAUCGCCUACAUCUACCUCAUCGUCACCAAGCCCGCCUUCAACGAUGGUGGCAGCUUCACCCCCGUCGUCGUCGCCUUUGCGUUCCUCAUCGGCUUCCAGAUUGCCAACAUCUUCACCACUCCUCUGUCCAGUGGUAUCGAGACCAUCUUCGUCGCUGCCGGUUGGGACCCCCAGGUCAUGAUCAGAGACCACCCCGAACUGUACCGCGAAAUGGUGCAGCUGUACCCCAAGGUUCAAGAGGCAAUUCGCGACAGGUAACUGCCCGGAUAGUCUCCCCUGAUCCCCCUCCCAAAUUGUAUGUUACCUCCGGUGCGAUUGAUAUAGACCUCUUUUUAGUUGCGCGCACCUGGUUUUAUAAGAUACCACCCUUCGAUGCUUUCUUCUUUUUAUCCCCUGGUGGUCGACGAUCCUGUACAUUGGCCUUCAACCAGAAUGCAUGAAACAAUUAGCAUUUAGUGGUUGAUUCCCUUGUCAGGCAACCGAAAUAACGCCACUAAUUUGUUUACCACUCAUUAAUUAAUUGCAUUUCUUUUCUUCCCAUGUCCUAAUGAUAUAUUUGCAUUGGUGAUAAAUUGUGUGGCCCACUAUUUUUAUUAUGGUAUA